UUUUCCUGACCAAAUACUGCGAUUACAAAGGUUUUUAGAUUAAGAUAAAAAAAAUUCUGAUUGAAACGCAAGAUUUUUUAAAGACAAAUUACAGGGUGUAAUUUUUUAAUAACACUUCAAAUUGUAUAGUAUUAGUAAUACUUAUCUACAUAAGUAAAUAAACAAUUAACAUUUAGUGCUUCAUCUACGAAUAUUAUAUAUGAUAUAAGUCCGUCUUAAAACUGUAAUAUUUCAGAAGAAUGCGGGUUCAGGUUCUGAGUCGGCGAUUAUUGGGCCGGGUAGAUGUAAUGGUUGGAUUGAAGAGAGGAAUCAUUGUUCCACCAAACUUCAAGGUUGAGAGAACUAUUGAACAAGUUGUCAGCAUUCUCUCACAGGAUGUGAUAGGAGGACCUAAAAACUAUGAUCCUGAACUAUAUAAUAAGAUGAGAGAAGAAUUAAUCCAUGUACUUCCAGAGACACAGGAAGAACUUCCUAAGAGGAGAAUGAUGGAUAGUUACGAUGCAGCAAUCAUACCACUCGGAUCCAACCCGGUUCUUAGAGAUAGAUAUUCAACUAUAUACGGAGGAGUACGUAUUGGUCGUCUUCUAGAGGAUAUGGAUGUUUUUGCAGUUCAUUUAGUUUUCAAACAUGUUCUGAACCCUAGACAGAAACCUGGAUCAGCUAGUCCAUUCUCCAUUGUAACUGCUCUGGUGGACAAGAUUGAUUUCAAGGGGAAAAUACAUUCAGACUCUGAUAUCAGAAUGUCAGGUCACGUGACCUGGGUUGGUAAGAGUUCAGCUGAGUCUACCCUGUACCUGGAGCAGAAGAGGGAUGGGGAGUGGACUAAGGUUACGGAGGCUAGAUUCGUCCUUGUUGCCAGGGAUCCUCUCAACAGAGGAAGUGCCUUUAUCAAUCCACUGGAAGCUGUUACAGAGGAGGAGAAGGUUUUAUUCAACAAGGGAGAGGAGAAUAAGAUCAGGAGAUUCCAGAUGUCGCAGGAUUCCUUGUUCCGUGUUCCACCAACCGUAGCUGAGAUGGAGAUCAUUCAUGAUAUAUUUAUCCGAACUGUAGAUCAUAAGGCAAUGAGCUUCAAGGCUAGAGUGAAGCCUGUGAACACGGUUUGGAUGGAGGACGCUAAGCUAAAGAACCUGAUUAUCUGCCAGCUAGAGUAUAGGAACAGGUUUAACAAGAUAUUUGGAGGUUUCAUCAUGCGGCAGGCGUUCGAGUUGGCUUGGGCCAACACUCACGUGUACGGGCACUGUCGGCCCUAUAUUGUUCAUGUUGAUGAUAUCUGGUUCAGGAAACCCGUUGAGGUCGGAUCCAUGCUUUAUUUUAACUCUCAGAUCUGCUAUACUUCAGAACAGUUUGUUCAGACCAGGGUUUCUGCUGAGGUGUGGGAUCCUAAGUCUGGAGAGAUGUCUGUAACUAAUGUAUUCCAGUUCACAUUUGAACUACGGGAUCAGAACCCGGCUCAGAUUAUUCCUAAAACUUAUCACGAGGCCAUGAUGUACUUAACUGGAAGAAGACAUUUCGUCCAUAGCAUUGCCGAGUAAUUUACUCGAGAUCAUUACCAGCUGAAGAGUGCUUCCAAGAUGAAAUUAUAUCACGAAAUGUUCACUAGUUAAAUACGUGGUAAAUCAAGGUUGCACUGUGUAAAGUGCAUAUGUUAUUGUAUACUGUGAACUACAGUAUGUG